AUGUCCUUCCAAAACAAGAAGAGCAGCACGAGACCCGCGGGCGACCGGCUGAUCAUCAAAGGAGGAAAGGUGGUCAAUGACGACCAGUCGUUCUAUGCCGACGUCUACGUUGAGGACGGGACCAUCAAACAGAUCGGCGAGAACCUGAUCGUCCCGCCCGGCGUGAAGACCGUGGACGCCUACGGUCAGCUGGUGAUCCCCGGAGGGAUCGACGCCAACACCAGCCUGCACGCGCCGCAGAAAGGCCUGAACCCGGCCGACGACUUCUACCAGGGAACCAGAGCCGCCCUGUCCGGAGGAACCACCACCAUCAUGGACCACGUGCUGGUAGAGCCGGGGACUAGUUUACUGUCAGCGUUCGAUCUGUGGAAGGAGACGGCAGAGCAGAGGGCGUGCUGCGACUUCUCCCUCCACCUGGACAUCACCCGCUGGCACGACGGGCUGUACGAGGAGCUGGAGACGCUGGUCAAAGAUAAAGGUGUGAACUCCUUCCUCUUCUUCAUGGCCUACAAAGACAAGUUCCAGAGCUCCGACUCUCAGCUCUACGAGGCGUUCGGGGUUCUUCGGGAUCUCGGUGCCAUCGCACAGGUCCAUGCUGAGAACGGUGACAUCAUUGAUGAGGCACUGGAACAAGAGAGGAUGUUUUCCACAGCACUGUCAUCAGUAGCAUCCUGCCCUGAGCGCUACACCUCAGUCUAACAAACUGAUGCCCUUCUGUCCUCAGGUAUGGUGGUGUAUGGGGAACCAAUCACAGCCAGUCUGGCUACUGACGGCUCUCACUAUUGGUCCAAAGACUGGGCCACAGCUGCUGCCUUCGUCAUGAGCCCGCCCCUCAACCCGGACCCUUCAACUCCGCAGUAUCUGACAUCCCUGUUGGCAUGUGGGGACCUCCAGGUGACCUCCAGUGCUCAGGCCAGCUUCUCCACAGCUCAGAAAGCUGUUGGUAAAGAUGACUUCACUUUGAUCCCAGAGGGAACCAACGGCAUCGAGGAGAGGAUGUCGGUGGUCUGGGACAGAGCUGUGUCGACGGGAAAGAUGGAUGAGAAUGAGUUUGUUGCAGUGACGAGCACCAACGCUGCAAAACUCUUCAACAUUUACCCUCGUAAAGGAAGGAUCGCUGUUGGAUCGGAUGCGGACAUCGUUAUCUGGAACCCGAAGGAAACACGAACUGUUUCUGCAAAGACUCACAACCUGACGGUGGAGGUCAACAUCCUGGAGGGUUUUGAGCUUCGAGGCGUCGCAUCGCUGGUGAUCAGUGGCGGCAGAGUCGUCCUGGAAGACGGAAAACUGAACGUCACCGAUGGUUCUGGACGCUUUAUCCCCAGAAAGGCGUUUCCAGACACCGUCUACAAGAGGAUCAAAGCCCGUAGCAAGAUGGCCGAGGCUCGCGGCGUCCCCCGUGGAAACUAUGAUGGUCCGGUCCAUGAUGUCAUCAGUAUGACCCAAUCGGUCCCGCCCACUCCGACCACCAGGGGGCCCUCCUGUCCAAAAGCCCAGACUGGUCCCCGAAACCUUCACCAGUCAGGUUUCACCCUGGCAGGAGCUCAGAUCGAUGACCACAUCCCUCGCCGCUCAGCUCAGAGGAUCGUGGCGCCUCCCGGUGGUCGGUCCAACAUCACGUCUUUAUCAUAA